AGGAGGCGAAGCGUGUUGUGGAUAGUCAGAAGGGGAAGGGAGGGAAGUCGCGGAUCGCACUCCCCAUUGUUCCCUGCUGCUGCAGCUAUGGCGGGUUCCAUGGCCACGCUCUCCUCCUCGCACUCUCUGGCCUCGUCCUCCUCGUUGCUGCCCUCUCCUCGGUCCGCCCCCGCCCGCCGUGACGCCCCCACCACCGUCGUUGUCUCCGCGGCGAACCCGUCUGAGAGGCAUGGUGUGUCCAGGCGCCAGGCUGCUGUGUCGCUCACUGCUCUUUCAGUGAUGGUGUUCUCGUCGUCGCAGAAGGCACAGGCUAGGGACAUUCCUAUCUUCGGAUUGAAGAAGGCCAAAAAGGCUGCUGAGGAGGUGGUGGCUGAAGUGAAGGAGCUGGUCAAGGAAGGAGAGAGUGGAGUGGCUGCAGUAAGUGGAGCUAUCUCGAAUGCUGCUGUGGAAUUCCCCGGAGCAGCCUUGCCGAACAUUCCAAGCUUCCCAAGUACUGAAGGCGGGCUCUCACCUGCACUUCAAGCUGGUGCAGUUGCUGGCGCGGGAGUAGUAGGUGUACUUGUUGCCUCCACUGUGGUGAAUACCCUAGUGAGCCCAUCAAAGUAAAAUGUAUGACUGUAUAUUUAGCACCACGGUUUUCAUCUGUCUCCUCCUAGAUUGAAGUGCAUUGAGUCUACAGGUUAGAUGUAAUUGGUUUUCAAAUAAUUUUCAGUGAAGGUCGUGGUGUGACGACAGAUGUGUAGGGAACUUGGAUGGUACCCCGAAGAGAUCAUGUAGUGUACACUGGCAGUACAAUUAGGAAAUUUCUGACAAUGAGGUUAUGGGAAAAGCUCAUUCACUCAAAUGGGAAAUGCUAAGAAUUUGUGCAAUUGACAUGAUUAGGUUGAAAUGUAUGAGUAUCCGUCAUUCUUGAAUUAUACCACACAUUUGAAUUCCGCCACA